CAGGUACUUUAACGGGCAAUGUUCGGUGGAUUUGGCAUCCUGUGUACCGGCGGUACACAGGAUGCCACUUCCUGCAGUCACCAUUGUUCCCUUCAGUGUUGCUCAUAAUAUUAAGUUAGUUCCUCCAUUCCAAGAAAAGGCUGUAGAUAAAUAUUGUAGAUAUUUUGAGAAGGUGGCCAUGAGUUUGUGAAGGCCAAAGGAACAGUGGGCAAUACUCCUCCAGUCUGUGUUCGUAGGAAAAGCUAUUUGUCUACUGUAUGUCAGUAGAUGACUGUAGUGACCAUGAGAAGGUGAAGUGUACUGUGCUGAAAGCGUAUGAGUUUGUGCCUGGAGCUUUUAGGCUUAAAUUUCGUAAUUCACGCAAGCAUGACAGACAGAGUUACUUAGAAUUUGCAAGGGAGAAGGCUGAUAUAUUUUCUCGUUGGUGUGAAAGCGAGAAAGUAUGUAACUAUUAUGAGAAACUGUGUCAACUGUUACUGGUAGAAGAGUUUAAGAGGUGUAUACCUGAUUGAGUUAAAGUGUAUCUUCAGGAAAACAGAGUGAAUACACUAGAGGAAGCAGCCCGUAUGGCAGAGGAUUAUUCUCUCCUACACAAACUUCCUGGUAACUUUGUAAAGAGUAACGCCUCGCCACAAUCCUCUCCGCCAACAGGUAAGCGAAGUUAUUUUAAGGAAGACACUACCAGCUCUCACCUGAGUUUUGAUUUUGAUAAAAAAAAAAAACCCAUAAAAUGUUUUAACUGAAAAUUGUUGGGUCAUACAAUAAGUAAUUGUUGGUUUCUUCAAGACAAACAGUCUAAGGAUGUUCCAACAGCUCUUGCCAGUAUUAAGAAUUCAUGCAAUAAACUUCCCUAGAAAGAUUGACAAUGUGCACAGAAUGUUAAGGUAGAGUUUAAGCCUUUUAGUUGAGAGGGUAGAGUCUCCUGGUUUUGAGAGAUACGGGGCCAUGCAAUCUUUGAAGGCAUAUUGCCACUAUCAGACGAGUCCUCCCUAAAGGCUAAUGUGGUGUUAACCGGGAUAGAAUGUGGGCAUAUUAAUGUGUUUAUUUACAAUGUAAUUAUAUGGACCUGAAUGUAACCGUGGGAGUGGUGCCAAAAUUACCCAUUGAUGGUGUAUCAUUUAUUCUUGCAGGAGAUAAGGUGUUCUACAACCAUUGUUUUGAGCCUCCAAGAACUAAGAGACAGCAGUGAGCAGAUCGAGGCAGCUGAACCAGGUGUGUUUCCUGCCUGUGCUGUUACCAGAGCAGUGAGGAAGAAGGCAGAGUGUGUCUGUCAUGAGGACCCGAAGCCUGUUACGGACAUGGCAGCCCCAGUGAGUCAAGAACAAUCUAAAAAUCUUCAGGCAGGAGGUAUUAAAAAGUUUGAUAUAGAAUAUGCUCGUGGACCCGACCGGUACUCGACCAUUGACCCGUGUUUGGCCGCUGAACGACCACCGCUCCACCUCCAUUACUCGAUCUCCCGACUGGAUGUUCCGGACCUCGAGUCGUGGAUCAUGGAUACAUUGGAUGGCCCACAGCUCGGGCUCAUGGUUAGGCUCUCCGGAGCUCUGUAUCCGUGUUGCUCAGAUGUCAAACGGAGUUGUAAUGAAGCGGUGCACCAGGGCAGAGCGCUCCAGGACGGACAAGGGUGUGGAGGUCGGUGGAGCCGGUUGUGGUUGUGUUACUCUGGCUUAGAAUGUAAUGUAAGUUUAUAAUACAGUAGAACGUCGAUAUAACGUGAGAUACGUUCCAAGAGAGGUCGCUUUAAACCAAAUUCGCACUAAAUCGAAGUGUUGUUUCAAUGGAGUAAUUUAGUUUGGUACUUGAGAGAAACACAAAAUACUAAAAAGACUUGACAGUCUACCCAGAUGCACCUCAGCCCAUCUCCUAGAACGGGGGUUCCCAAACCUGGGAUCGGAAGGCUCAUUAGGUAGGGUUGCAAAGAGGUCAUGGGGCCGGUGGGGUCCUUUGGGUCUGCCAGUGAAAUGAUUUGGGAUCGCACUGGAUAGUUGACAACACUGGAUGGAGUCGUGCUAGAAAAAGCUUGGGAACCCCUGUCCUAGAAUAAACAAAACAUUGUUUUUGUAGUAUUAUGUUGAAACAAACUUUCAUAAAUCAACACAGCUAAAAUAAAGGGAUGGGAAAUGGUCUGUUACUGGUUGGUAAGAUGGAGGGGGGAGGUGGUGGUGAUAUGUUUGACAGAUGAUGCCAAGGUCUAGUGCUUAUUUAUUUAUCUGUCCUAAGAGCAACUUU